CUGCUGCUUUCAGUUUGCAGCAUCCGCAGAGCCGCUCGGAGCCGCUUCUCUCUGUAACCUCAAACGAACACUAACCGGAUUUCAUCAGGAGUUCCCGCGUGUAGACAUGGCUGCUGCUGCCGGCUGUCUGCUGAGUAAAGAUCAGCUUCUGUGCUCCAUCUGUCGGGAUGUGUUCACCGAUCCGGUCAGCACACCGUGUGGACACAACUUCUGCAAAGACUGCAUCACUGAAACGGUUGAUGUUGACGUCCCGUUCCAGUGUCCUGUCUGUAUGAAGAUGUUCUACCCAAAGCCCGAGCUGCAGGUCAACACUCUGAUCUCUCAGAUGGUUGGUGCCUUCAGACGGUCAGAGCAACGACCAGCCAGACAGGAAGAAGGUCUCCGUGUGCUCGGGUUCAAACCGAUGGUGCUGCUUCUCUGUCUGGUGUGUGUUUCAUUUGUUUGGGACUUCAUGAAAUCCAAUCAGCCUCUGGAGGAAGUAAGCAAAGGAGAGAAACUGAAGAGGAUGGAGGCUGAAAUUCAGCAGACGAUUGAAGAGAUGCAACUGAAGAUUGAGGAGCUCAAACGCUCAGUGGAGCUCAGUGGAGAAGACGCAGACAGAGAGGUGGCAGAUGGUGUUCAGGUCUUUGCUGCUCUGAAGUCGUCUGCUAAGAGGGGCGAGGCCAAGCUCCUGGAGACCAUCAGAGAGAAGCAGAGAAGGACGGAGCUGCAGGCUGAAGGCUUCAUCAAGAAGCUGCAGCAGGACAUCCGUGAGCUGAAGAAGAGGAAGACAGAUGUGGAGCUGCUCUCAGUCAUUGAGCUGAACGAAACACUGCCCGAGGAAAAGAUUGAGAAACUACAGCUUUUACUUUUUAACAUAGCCAAUCUGUGGAGGGCCCAAAGCUACGCAGUGGAUGUCACACUCGAUCCAGAUACAGCAAAUCAGUAUCUCGUCCUGUCUGAUGACAACAAAGAAGUUUAUCGUAGUUAUUUAAUGGUGUCUCGUCCCUACAACCCAAAGAGAUUUUAUUACAAUGCUGCUAUUUUAGGACAGCAGAGUUUCUCAUCAGGCAAAUUUUACUUUGAAGUUCAGAUUAUAGGAAAGACUCGGUGGGAUUUGGGAGUGGCCAGAAGGUCAAUCAACAGGAGGGAUGACAUCACACCGAGUCCUGCAAAUGGUUUCUGGACUGUAGGGCUGAGAAAUGGAAAUGAGUACAAAGCUGGCCCUGGUGUCCGUCUCCAUCUUCAGUCUGCUCCUGAGAAGGUGGGGGUGUUCGUGGAUUACGAGGAGGGUCUGGUCUCCUUUUAUGAUGUAGAAGCUGCAGCUCUGAUCUACUCCUUGACUCAAUGCUCUUUCACUGAGGAACUCUACCCUUACUUCAGUCCCAGUUAUGGGAGCUUUGCAACUCUGAUCAUCACCCCCAUCGAUUAAUGAGGACUUCAGUUUGGUUAUUUAUGAUGCAGCCUUUGGUUAUGAAGCCAAAUCUUAUCACUGCAGUAAUCUGUAAUUUUCACCCAAUGUCAAAACCUCCUUUUAAUUCAAAGAUUUUGGAGAGGGUGGGCUGCCUUCAGCCUUUGUUAGAUGUUCAUGGGGUUCUUGGGGUGCUCCAAUCUGACUUUAAAGCUUUCACAGCAGAGAAUCAACACUUCAUAAUGAUCAUAAUGAUCUUUCAUAAUGAUCUUUUAUCAGCUACUGACUCUGAGGACUCCUUCAGUCUGAUGCUUUUAAAUCUUACAGCUGACUGACACAGUCGACCACAGAGCGGUUUAGGUCGUACUUGUUGGAGAGACGUUUUCUGAUCAGUUUUGGAGGCUCAGCUUCUCCCUCUGCACCACUCUUACGUGGAGUUCCCCAAAGUUCUGUUUUGGGCCCACUUGGUGAGUGUGAAUGGUUGUCUGUCUCUCUGUGUGCUGCAAAAGGCUGGCGACCUGUACAGAGUAUUGUACUGGGAUAGGCAGUAUAAUGUCCAUUCACCUGGGAAGGGGCACUAAUUAUUGUGUCCAUGCCUCUGGGGGGGAGAUGAGCACUCUUUUUUCCUUUUGUUUAAUGUCCUGCAGCCACUGCUCUUUUGUAACAGCCUCUGGAGAGGGGCGUACACAACGCCUUUGGACUGGCUGUGUCCAGUCUCUGCUGUCCUGAACUGCCCACAUUUUUUACAUGUAUUGCGAAGAACAUGAUGAGUCAAUUUUUGUCCUGGAGUAGGAGCAGAAGUGACGUUACACCUUCCCCUUGCCUGGCCCACAGUGCGACUGGGCAGGUGAUACUGAUGAGGUGGACCUGGCUGGGGGUGUGUGUGGCUGACAUCCACUAAUUGGAUAUUGGUGUGCUGCAUAACAGUCCCCAUUGGCCAAAAUGUGCCGCCUAAUCUUUUGGUAGUCCUCCAGAAUUAAAUCCCACCUGGACACAGUGCCUGUGCCCUUUUUCUCGGGACUACAGUGGAUCGCACAAAGCCGAGCAAAGAUAGUUUCAAUUAGGCAGCAGCAAUCUGGCCAUUGGUGCAGUGGUGGUGAUGGCAUCCCGCUUCAUGCUCUCCCCUCCUGGUAUGAACUCCUGCCUUUUCUUCGGAGAUCUAAGUCUUCCUGUGUCCAGUCUGCUCUGAUGUCACACAGCAAAAACCACCCUCUGAAUGUACAUUUUCUGGAUUUAUCCUCAGAGGCUGCACAGUCUGGGUGAGUAGGUAGUCAACACUAAGGAGGUCUCCUAUGAAAAGACCAAAUCAGUGACGUGCAGUCAGGGGAGGCAGGUGAGGCAGUGCCUCCCCUGUCAUAACGACAAGUAAAAUACUAACAAUGAUGAGAGAAAACAUAUUUGACCACUUGACUGUUCCAUAAAACUAUUUUCUGAAUUAUUUCAACACUUUAAUGGUCAAAAUCGCGAAUUUACGCAUCAACUGUUCAAACACGUGGAAGAAAUGCGGGGCGAGGCAGUGCAGUGCUGUGGCUCACCUCUGGAGGCGCUGUGUCACAUACAAUAAAUGAAGCAGGCGGUUGGCGCAUGGCCAUUGCUGUCUCUCUUUAU